UGGUUUUCCCCACCCUCCACGGUCCUGUUUGAAGCUCCGUAUCCUCCCCUCCGGAUGUGUGCCUGGCGACGGAGGAUGCGAGGCGAGGCGCGAGGCGAGGAGCUGGCGGCGCACGCGGCGAUGAGGUGGCGACAUGAGGUUGCAGCGUGGCAGUGCGAGGUGACGGCGUGGCGGCACGGCACAGCCCCGACGGCGACCCUCUCCGCCACCUUCUCACUGUUUAAGGAUGUCUGGAUGCAACAGCAGGUGGCUGCAGAUUGGUUUGGUGAGUCUGCUAUUGUAAUCCAUUUUCAACUUGGACCGGAAGAGGAGUGCUUCAACUUCCUCAUCCAAUUCAGACUGCGCACCUUCCAAGAAGAUAGAGAACACGCUUUCGAACACAUCAGAACGGUUGAAACUCAUACCCUAAUUGAUCUAAAUUUACAACCUAUGUUUAAUUACUAUCUGAAUCGGUUCACAUUCAAGACGGCUAGGAUAUGAAGAAUAAAUAUGCUGUGGAAAAAAGAUCAGUUUAGUAAGUUUAAUUAAGAGUAAAAUCACAAGUCCCCAAACUUGUCUUGCCUGUGUCAAAUUGUCAAUUAUAUCCUUAAACUUCUAAAUUGCAUUUUUGGGACCCCAAACUAUAAAAAGGGUCAUCCUGAGUCCAAACAUGCCACGCGAGCUUCCAACGCUGACAUGUCGUGCCACCGUGGCGGUGUGUUGGCGAAAACAUGCAAGAAACCCCUUAAUUUCUAUCUUCCUUCACUCUCUCUCCUCUCGUCCCCUCCCGUGUCGUGCCUGCUCCCUGAGUCGUCGCGCCGCCCCGAGCUCCCAUCCCUGGCGCACACUGCUAGCUCCUCAUCCCAUCCUUCCCCGCUCGCCACCUCCCUGAAUUAGAUUGUGAGUUUGCCCAAUUUUGGGACCGCAAGUACAAAGUGCAGACAAGCAAUAGCUGAUCCAUCCUGGCAUUGAAUCCUCAUUGUUUAGAAAUUGAGACUGCGGGGCAUUUGCUGGUGCUGAGUGUGGCCGGCGGCGUCCCCUUGGGCAGCCAUGGCCAGUGGCACGCUGGGAUUCAGGGCCUUGCCGGCAUUGCCGCAGACAGCGCACAUGGGGAAGAACAGAGGGAGGAGCAGGGUUCGCGUUGGGACGCGACGAAGGUUCGCAGGACCUCGAACUCCUCCGCCUUGGAACGCCUGGGAGCUCGCAGAGAGCGGCGGCGCCAUGGUCGAGCGGUCCGAGCCUAACGCCCAAGAGCUCGGAGGGGACCUAGCUUCGGGCAGGCGGCUCUGGCGAAGAUCAGGACAACGGGCCACAGGGGAUGCCGGGGCAAAGCAUCGCAGAGGAAGGAGGGCAUCUAGCCUGGGACCUCCGGCGGCGGGGGCGUGGCCGUGCACGGCGGUGCGCCCAGUGAAGAAAGGCGUGCCCACGAAUGCAGGGUGCGCGUCCCCGCGAGAAAGCUGUGACAAACACGCACCUUCUCUUGCACUAGGCUGUUGGACAUUCUGAGCAGUACAAAAAACAACGGCAUAUUAGUUUAUCAUUAGUGCUAAUUGCAGGAUAACCCUUGC